CCGGGAUCAUGGACCCUUUCCUGGCCAGGGGCGGAAGGCGCUUGCUGCAGGUCCAGGGGGGGCCGUACCAAGAUCGGUGCGGGUGCAACAUCAGCUGGCGCCCUCCUGCAGGCGGGUCGCACGGAGGCAGGCGAGGCUCGGGGACGUCGAGGUGGUGAAGCAUCUCCGGUUGCCGGUGUGGCCGGCAUGGUUUGGCAUAUUCUACAUCUUGCUUGACUUCGUUACGGGCGAUCCCAAGUUAGGGGCCCGGCUGGAGGACUGGCUCGGUGGACGCGUGUGCCCAAUGACUUAUUCAGACCCCGCAGAGGCCGACCCGUACCUGCUGGUGGUCCAUCACCGGCACUCGUUCAACGUGUUGGACCCGCUCCGAUUUGUUCAGGUCUGUACUUAUGCCCGAAGGUUUCCCCGCCCAUCCUCACAGAGGCUUUGAGACCGUGACCUAUGUGCUUCGCGGUGGCCUUGUGCAUCGCGACUCCUUCGGCAUCAAGAAGUCAUACGGUGCACCACCCGACUCGGACGGGUCCGGCGACCACGCGGCCGUGCAGUGGAUGACUGCCGGCCGUGGACUCCGGCACGAGGAGAUGUGGCGCACGGGCGGCGCAUGGGACAGCACCGACCAGGAGCUGUUCCAGAUUUGGGUCAACCUCCCGGCCAGCGCGAAGAUGGUGCCCCCCCGCAUGCAGAUGCUCCGGGAGCCCUCGGAGCAGGAGCAGAAGGAUGCCGAGGGCGAGGCGCCCGGCGUCGGCGGCGGCGUGCGGGUGGACGAGCUGGGGCCCGUGCCGAAGGCCCAGCCCGGGCCCGGCGUGACGGUGCGCGUGGUGGCCGGGGAGGCCUGCGGGGUGCGCAGCCCCGUGGAGACGCACUCCGAGCUGGCGAUCCUGCACGUGACGCUGGAGCCGGGGGCCAGCUGGUCGUGGCCGAGGCCCCAGGGCUGGACCUGCCUGGCGUACAUGCGGCGCGGCGAGGGCGCGGUGAACGGCGGCGACGUGCCCGUGCACCACACGGCCACGGUCAGCCGCGCCAACGGAGGCCUCGCGCUGGAGGCGGGCCCGGAGGGCGCCGAUCUGCUCCUGCUGUCGGGGCGCCCCCUGGGCGAGCGCGUGGAGAUGGGCGGCAACGUCGUGAUGAACAGCGGCCGGCAGCUGGAGGAGGCGCAGCGGGACCUCGCCCUGGGCACCUUCGGCCCGCAGUGGGCGCACGAGGAGGACGACGCGAGCUGGCGCGGCAUCGUUGCCGCGCACUGGGGCCGCUUCGAGCGCCUGCUCGAGAGGGCGAGGUCGGCGCGUGCGGGAGCUGCUGGGGGUGGAGGGCCAGGGCCGUGAGGCCGUCUCCUGGGCCCGCGGACGGGGGGCUGGAACGGGCUGCUCGCUCCUCCUCCUCCUCCUCCACCUCCUCCACCUCCUCCUCCUC